AUGUCAUCUACCGCGGCUAUUCGGCCGCUUCCAUCUUCUGUCCACCAAGAAGGAUCGCAAUUUGGGGACACACAUGUGUCUGGCGGUGUGCUGGUACAGGGGAAUGUGGUAGGCGGUCUCACCAUCAAUGCCACCGCAUCGGCCCGUGCGAAUUAUGUGGGCCACUAUGCUCACAGCUCCCUCCACCCGGUGAAGACGUUCGUGGAACGACCCAAACUCCGCGAGCAGAUCCGACAACAAUUGGCAAGAGACGGCAACGAAACAGUGCAGGACUACAAGAGUAGGAUACUGGCAAUAUGGGGCCUGGGGGGGAUGGGAAAGACACAACUGGUGCUAGACUAUCUCCAGCGUUACCGGUCCGACUACAAUGCCACGUUCUGGAUCGAAGCCGGCCAGAAAAGCACGAUCGAGCGAGACUUCGUCAAUAUCCAUCGAUUGCUCUUCGAUGUCCCUCUGUCGGCUCGGGAAAGUGGACAAGAUCGUCUCGCCGAGGCUGUACAACGAGUGAAGAGCUGGUUCAGUCACAGACACGAGCGAUGGUUAUUUGUGUUCGAUGGUGUGGAUUCCGUCGACGAUCCGGACGACCGGGAGUAUGUGGACCUACUGGAGUUUAUACCAGGGUCGUCGACUGUCGAUAUUAUUAUUAUCAGCCGCAGUAAGACUGUGGAAGACCGCGCUACUUUAGGAGGCGUGAAGGUGGGCGAGAUGGACCACGAACAAGCCGUUGAAUUAUUCUACAAGACCUCACAACUUACCGCACCCUUGAAAGAGACGAGUGGGAAAGUGAAAGAAAUUGUGGAGGAGUUAGGAUGUCUCGCGCUGGCUGUCAGCUUGGCAGGGACGUAUGUCCGGGAGACUCCGCGACUACGAUCAAAUGUGGGCGCGUAUCUGGUGGAAUACCGACAACGACGAAGGGAACUACUACAGCGCAAGCCAACCAAGCUGGUGCACCAGUACAGCGAGAGUGUCCUAACAACAUGGGAAACAUCCUUUCGGGCUGUGCAGGAGCAAUACUCGGCGGCAGCCCACCUCCUCACGAUGCUGGCGUUCUUAAGCAAUGACGAUAUAUAUCUGGAUUUGUUUGGGCUAGAACCUCACGAUCCCGGACACCAAGAUCCGCACGCCAGGAUAUGGAGAAAUCUCUUCUUCCCCAAGAUGCAGCUGGACCUCUACGUUGUCGAGGAGAGCUUCCGGAUUCUCGACCGAUACUCUCUCGUGCACUGGCAGGAAGAUCAAGAAAGCUACAGUAUGCACCGGCUCGUGCAUGCGUGGGGCUACGAUCGGCUCAGCCCGGUGGAGCAGGAAAAUCUCAGUGUAGGCAGCGUGGAUUUUAUAGAGGAGGCCAUAUCCCGAUGCGGUGCAACUCCUCAGAAUAGACUGAGAUUAGCACCGCACAUCAUGACUUGCUUUGGGGUGGUGAGUUCAGUCACCACGGAGAGGGCUUAUUGGGAAGAGAUCGUCAGCGCGGUGCAAAGAAUGGGCUCAUUUAUAAACGAACUCGGCCGGUGGUCAGAUGUGCGAUUGAUUGAGUUAUUCGUGCUCGAAACCCUUAAAGGUCUUUACGGUAAGGAGCAUCCAUCAACGAUCUCGGCGAUGAAUAACCUCGCGUCUACACUCGGAGAGCAGGGCCAGCUGGAGGUAGCGGCGCAGAUACAGAAGGAAGUGGUAGAGAAGAUGAGGCGUAUCCUGGGAGAAGAACAUCCAGAUACGAUCUCGGCGAUAGGAAAUCUCGCGUCUACGCUCGGAGAGCAGGGUCAGCUCGAGGCGGCGGCGCAGAUGAAGAAGGAAGUGGUAGAGAAGAGGAGGCGUAUCCUGGGAGAAGAACAUCCAUCGACGAUCUCGGCGAUGAAUAACCUCGCGUCCACGCUAGGAGAUCAAGGCCGGCUAGAAGAAGCUGCUCUAAUCCUAACACAGACAGUCACUCUCAUGAAGAAAUCCUUGGGCGAAGGGCAUCAUUGGACUGUUAUUGCUAAAAGCAACUUAGCUAGGGUUUUACACAGUCAAGGUGAGUUGGAUUAA